UUUAACGGAAGGAUACACAAACUGAGAGUAAAAAAUAUUGAUUUUGUUACGUUUAUUGCAUAUUUCAUUAACUGAUGUCCAUGUUUUGGUAACUAAGUUUCCGGCAUAACAACGUCUGCCGCGCUGAAUAAUGGCUCGUUUUAGAGUGGUAGAGAUAACACAACAAUCCUGCCCUCUACCGUUCAGGUACUGAAGCAUGAGACACAGAGUGAUAAUAACUGAGCGAUCUGAUUGGACAAGCGUUAAGAAGGCUCAUGCUGAGAACCGAUCAAUACAAUAAUGGCUUUGAGGAGGGAGAAGAGAGAAUUCCUUCUUUUGAUUGUCUUGGCUACAGCCUCCGUGCAAACCAACCAGAUCCAGGAGGCCACUGUGUACUGGAAUGCUGCCCAGAAGAGUGUGAUUGUGAAGGAGGGGGUGUUGGAGAAAGAUGGGGGUGCCUAUGGCUAUUACAAUAACACUCUCACCCUAACGGGCUGGGGGGUGCUGGAGAUUCAGGCAGGGUAUGGAGAGAUCCCGGAGAGUGAUGAGAUCACUUCUUUUUUGGCUGGGUAUCUGGAAGGACUCCUAACUGCAGAACAGAUGUUUAACCACUAUGCCAACAUAUAUCCUCAGAUGAUUAAAGAUGAGAAGAUUCUGGACCCCUUGAAAGACUUCAUGAUUGAACAGGACUACUGGACCAGAGAACAGGUGAAGCUGAGGAGAAACACUGACACUCUGUGGCUGCAUGCAGGACUAAUCCUGGCUCAGCUGGAUGGGCUGCAGGCUGGAGCUGCACACUGGGCCAAAAGCCAGCAAAGAGAGCCUCUGUCCAUGUUUGCACUCCAGUUUCUGAAUGAGGUUGGGGACCUGUUGGACCUCAUCCCAGCGCUCACACCACGUUUAAACUGCUCGCGAGGCCACGGGCCAUUCAGGAUGCCAGUUAUGGGCCACUGCUCAGCUCUUAUAAAGGUGCUGCCAGGGUUUGAGAACCUGCUGUUUGCCCACUCCAGUUGGUUCAGUUAUGCUUCCACCAUGCGUAUCUACAAACACUGGGACUUCAGACUUGCCAACACACACACUGCCACUGGCAAGAUGUCCUUCAGCAGCUACCCUGGCUUUCUGACAUCCUUGGAUGACUUCUACCUGUUGGGCAGUGGGCUGCUAAUGACCCAGACUACCAACAGUGUGUUUAACACCUCUUUAUACACCCUGGUCAUGCCACACUGCCUGCUGGCUUGGCAGAGGGUACGACUGGCAAACGCCCUGGCACACACUGGGGAGGAGUGGGCACAUGUGUUCUCCAAGUACAACUCCGGAACCUACAACAGCCAGUACAUGGUGUUGGACUUGAGUAAAGUGUCAUUGGGGAGGAAGAUACGGGACGGGGCUCUGACGGUGGUUGAGCAGAUACCUGGCCUGGUGCUACACUCUGACCAGACACAGGCCCUGCGACAGGGGUACUGGCCAUCCUACAAUGUGCCCUUCCAUGCAGAGAUCUACAACCUCAGUGGCUAUGGGGCGAUGUGGAGGAAGCAUGGAGCUGACUUCUCCUACGACCUCUGUCCCAGAGCCAAGAUCUUCCGCCGGGACCAAGCCAGGGUUAUGGACCUCGGCUCCCUAAAGCACAUCAUGAGAUACAACAACUACAGGAAAGACCCCUACUCCAAAGGUCACCCAUGCAAAACCAUCUGCUGCCGCAAUGACCUGAGGCAGAAAAAACCACAUCCAGGAGGCUGCUACGACACAAAGGUGACAGACGUCCAUCUGGCCCGUCAGUUAGCAGCAGAGGCAGUGAACGGCCCCACCACUCAGGGAGGCCUGAUUCCCUUCUCCUGGAGCCAAUUCAACAGCACAGUCCACCAGGGUCUGCCCCAGUCAUAUAACUUCAGCUUCAUCACCAUGAAACCAACUUUAUCAAAAUACCUGCCCUGAGAAGAGUAUUGGGCCAGGGUUGUUUACUUAAGGGUAUGCCAAUGUAGUUAAGAUAUAACCUGCAUGUGCUAGAACUGAUGCCAAUUAAAUAGAUUUUCACACACACCUGCUCCUAUAAUGUUUACUCAAAAUACUGACGUAAAGGUUAAACCAACACAAUUGUCUGAGUAAGGUGUCGGGCCACCGUGAGUCACAAGAAGAGCUUCAGUGCGCGUUUGCAUAGAUUCUACGAGUCUCUGUAAUUACUGUAGGGUUUUGUCGUUUUUAAUGUUGGUGGUGGAGGUGCCACCACGUUAUUUGAUACACUGGUCCAAAAUCUCCCAUAGGUGUUAAAUAGGCUUGAGAUCUGGAAAGUGCGAAGGCCAUAGCAUAUGAUACACAUCAUAUUCAUCAAAUGAUUGAGUGACCCCUUAUGCUUUGACGAUGGGGGCAUUCAGAUCCUGGAAGAGACCACUCCCAUCAGGAUGGAAAUGUUUCAAAAUAGGAUGAAGGGGAUCACUCAGAAUGACUUCGCAAUGAUUUUAAGUGACCCUUCCAUCUUAAAGGAAAAGUUGACCCAAACCGUGCCAGAAAAAUGCCCCCCACAUCAUAAUAGAGCCUCUGCACCCCCUCAACAUAGGGGUCAAGCAUUCAUGUCUGUACCGUUAUAUUGGUGUACACCACACAUGCACUCAAGACUUUGGUGAAGGAUGACUCAUCUGAUGUUAUCUUUGUAGAUCAGUGCCUAUGGUUUUUUGCACCACCACUGAACUCUCAAAUGUGUAUUUGUCUUUGUGAUGAGGGGUUUAUACACUGCAACCCUACUACACACUGAUGAGCCAAAACAUCAUGACCACUCACAGGUGAAGUGAAUAAUCUCUUAACAAGGGCACAUGUUA